GCACAAUCACAAGACGAUGACAAAUAAUGAAAGUGAAACUGUUGUACGCUAUAGUUUGUUUUGCUGUUGAAAAAGUCACUGACUUAACAGAGACUACUUAACUACAGGUAAAUUUCCAUAGUUUGCUACCUCCCUAAGUCCCUCCCUUUUCCCUUUGCACUUGAAGCAGGGGAUGUUUGUGUUUUGAAACCACACGUGUUUUAAAGCCAGCCAACGCUCCCAUUUUUCAUGACAACUAAACCAAGAAAGUACCUGAGCACAUCUCCUCUCAUGAUACGAAAGAAAGUGUCUGCCUCUUCAAGAUGGUGAAGGAGAGUGGCAACGAGAACUCUGUUGCUGGGUCAGAGAUGUCACACAGGUGCGGCCGGUCCUGCCUCGGUCCUCUGACCUUCCACUGUCAGUCGGUGGGAGACAUGGUCCGCCUGAGCCAGGGGUGUCUACUCGCAGAGAGGAGGGAGGACACGUUCAGGAACGGCCUGGUGUUCAGCAGCCGCCCAGUGAAGGUCCAGGAGAGGAUUCGUCUGAGGGUGGAGAAAGAUUUGUUUAAUUGGCACGGAGCUCUGCGCGUGGGCUUCACCAACGUGCCGCCCUCAGCCAGAUCUCUGCCUCUGCCCCAAAUGGCCAUCCCCAACCUCACUGACCUCCCCGGGCACUGGGCUGCUCCCCUGCAUGAAUCCUACUGCCAAUCAGGUUCAGAGCUGGAGUUCUGGGUUUCCUGUGGAGGCACCAUAUACGUCACAAGCAACAACAUCAGGCAGCACAAGCUACUAACGGGAGUGGAUCUCCGCCAGCCGCUGUGGGCCAUGAUAGACAUCUACGGUCAGACGUGCUCCAUUUUCCUCCUGGGCUCAGAGAAAAGGGGGCUGUUUUGCACCAGAAGGUCCUGUCCAGCACCUGAACGCCUCACCUUACCUAAUGUUGACAACCACUUCAGUUUGAUUCCUGACGCGUCGAGCCUCUAUGGAAACAGCGAGGAACGCAUCUCAUGUCUUGACACGGAAGUCCCAGGAGGUGAAGGCAGAGUAAUGGACUGUGUGGUGUGCAUGGUUAAAGAGGCCAGAAUCACUCUGCCUUGUGACCACAGGUGUUUGUGUAACCACUGCGCCUCCAGGGUCUUCCAGCAGUUUGGCACCUGUCCGCUGUGUCGACAGGAGAUCAGAGCUCCAUGUGUCACUGGGACUCUUUAAGCUCCAAGACACCAGGCAGGAAUCCCCAAAUACAAGCUACUGAGUGACUGUAACAAAGCAAACACAAUGAUCAGCACCUACUGAAUGAGUCCUGGUAGCCCUGUGGUUAAGGAGGUUGGCCAUGUGGCCACAGUGUCCCAGACUGAAGCCCUUUGUCACAUAUUAUUCAACUCUCUCUUCCUUAAUAUGUAAAUGUUGUACAGCAUGUGUAAGAUAAGAUCUAUUGAGAUGUUGAUGUGAAGAUAUUAAGCAGGACUAUUUUCUGAUCAUGUAAAAGAAUGUGUGAAAAAUGAGGAAACUGCACUUUUAAUGUGAUUGCUAAAUAAGGACAGAGACAAACAUCACACAUUUUGGUGUGGACAAUCAAUGACUUAUAACAUAUUUAUUGCUCACGGCAUAGCGUGUAAUGUAAUUUACAUGUUUUCACUGUACAGUAUAUUUUGCCUCCUUGAUGUUGUAAAUCUUAAAUCAAUCUUUAUUUUUUUUAUUUAUUUUUGAUCUCUGAAAAUGUUUUUAUAUUAUUUGAUUGUCAAAAUAAGUAUAUAAUAAAAUUUCUUAUGUCUAUGA